AGGAAGGCAGCGCGCGCCGGGACAGACAGAGAGACAGGCGGGGUGAGGGAGAGACACACACACAUACACACACACACGCACGCAGCUUGAAGGUUUGCGUGUGGCGUUGGCUGCGUGUGUUGCGUGCAGGAGUGAGGCUCAACCAUGGGGGCCUAUUUGUCUAAGCCCGUUACUGAAAAACAUAGUAGUGAUGAUAAGAGACCGGGUGUUUGUUACGGCGCCUCCUCAAUGCAAGGGUGGCGUGUGUCUCAGGAGGAUGCCCACAAUGCAAUUCUGGACUUUGACACAAACACACACCUCUUCGCUGUGUACGAUGGUCAUGGAGGUCACGAGGUCAGCGCGUACACGGCCCUCGAGCUGCCGCAGGUCAUCAAGAACAUGGAGGCCUAUACGAAAGGUCAAAUUUCGCAGGCACUGACUGAUGCGUUUCUCAAGUUCGACUCUACGCUUGUGCAGCCCGAGGUGGUGACGGUGCUGACACAGAUAGCCAGUAGCAAGGAGGAGGGCUAAUCAGACGACAGUGAAGAGGAUGUAGACGAUCUGUACAGGGAAGCCACCAUGCCCUUAGCAGAGGUCAUCGCCAAGUACGCAGACAAUCCUCAGGUCGCGCGCUGCAAGGAUAAGAAGCAGCAGAAAUUUAUAGGAAGAUACAGGAAGGAGGGAGGAAGGAGGAGGAGGAAGACGAAGAUGAGGAGGACGAGGAUGAGACCUUUCAGGAUGGCUGGGUUGAGUGUUUUGUUGUGCGUUUGUUUGUUUGUUUGUUUGUUUGUUUGUAUUUUUAGUGUCUUUGUGUGUGUGUGCGUGUGUGCGUUUACCUAUACAAAUAACUACACCCGUUUGUCCGUCUGCAGUGACAUAGAAGACGCAGACGCAGAAGAGAGUGAGGAAGACGAAGAGGAGGAAGAGGAGGAGGAGGAGGAAGAAGAGGAAGAGGACGACGAUGAUGAUGAGGAGGAAGAGGAUGAGGAAGAUGGGGUAGAGGCAGAAGAGGACGAAGAUGACCCAUACACUCAAUUUGCUCUCAACAUGAAGGAAGAGCCUGGGUUUGACAGCGGAUGUACAGCCUGUGUAGCGCUGUUGCACGGGUCGGAGCUGUAUGUGGCAAACGUUGGUGAUUCCCGCUGUGUCGUUUGCCAAGACGGUGUAGCCAUGGACAUGUCGCUCGACCACAAACCUGAGGACGACCCCGAGGCGACCCGAAUCAGGAAUGCUGGGGGCAGGGUCACGGCCGACGGGCAGUUAAUGGUGGCCUUAAACCUAUCCAGGGCUAUUGGUGACCACGGAUACAAGCAGAACAAGGCUUUACCAGCAGAGGAACAGAUGAUAAGCCCGCUGCCAGAUGUCCGUUCUGUCACCCUCACCCCCAAAGACCGGUUUAUCAUUGUGGCCUGUGACGGAAUAUGGAAUUCUCUGUCGUCCCAAGAGGCGUGUGACUUUGUGGCCGAACGCUUGGACAAGAUGGGGGAGGACGGCUCUCUCAGCAGUAUAUGUGAGGAGCUAUUCGAGCACUGUCUUGCCCCUGACACACAUGGGGAUGGGACAGGCUGUGACAAUAUGACCUGUAUCAUCAUCCAACUUAAUGGGGUCACGACCUCCUCUAAACGACCCCUGCAGGAAGAGGAGGAAGAAGAGGAGGAGGAGGAGGAGGAGGGGAGGAAGAGGGAGGAGGAGGAGGGAGAGUCUCGUCCAGAAGGGAAGAAGAUGAAGAAAAGUGAAUAAUCUGUAUAUUUAUUAGGUCAUUAUUAUUAUUAUUAUUAUUAUUAUUAUUAUUAUUA